UUGUGUUUCCAGUGACAGAGGUCAAUCAUGGCUAUGCUGAACCCUAUGGCCUGGAUCAGCGAGAGCAGGGGCUCUCCUCGUCUGGUGCUUGUAGUUGUGUGUGUGGCCCUGCUACUGGAUAACAUGCUACUAACAGUUGUUGUUCCCAUCAUCCCAACCUACCUGUAUGCCACAGAGCACCAGACACAAGAGCGCCCGUCUGCCACCCCCUCUGAGGCUCAGCCCACCUAUACCGCCAUCCUCUCUCUGUACGACAACACCACCUACGCCAUCACAGUCACCACUGCCAACCUCACCAUCUCCUCCAGUGCACUAAGCACUAAUGGAAGUUCAGGGGUCAACAGAAGUUCUGCUGACCGACAUGGGUGUAAAGAGGACAGUGAGUUUUUGGAAGAGGAGAAUGUGAGGGUUGGGCUGCUGUUUGCUUCCAAAGCCCUGGUGCAACUCAUGGUCAACCCGUUUGUAGGCCCACUCACUAACAGGAUUGGAUAUCACAUACCAAUGUUUGCUGGGUUUGUCAUCAUGUUUGUCUCCACAAUAAUGUUUGCCUUCUCAGGGACAUAUGCACUGCUGUUUUUCGCUCGCUCAUUGCAGGGAAUUGGAUCAUCUUUUUCCUCUGUGGCAGGUCUGGGAAUGUUAGCAAGUGUUUACACAGAUGACAAUGAGAGAGGAAUUGCCAUGGGAUUUGCACUGGGAGGACUUGCCAUGGGAGUGCUCAUUGGAGCGCCAUUUGGCAGUGUUAUGUACGAGUUUGUUGGUAAAAGUUCUCCCUUCCUCGUCCUUGCCUUUCUGGCUCUGUUUGAUGGAGCCCUCCAGCUCUGCAUCCUUCAGCCCUCAAAAAUAUCUCCAGGGAGUGUGGAAGGAACACCAUUACUUACCCUGCUGAAGGAUCCCUACAUACUCAUUAGUGCAGGAUCUUUGUGCUUUGCAAACAUGGGGGUGGCUAUUUUAGAGCCCACUCUUCCCAUCUGGAUGAUGCAAACAAUGUGCUCGCCAAAAUGGCAGCUUGGUAUGGCUUUCCUACCAGCCAGUGUGUUUUACCUCAUUGGAACCAAUCUAUUUGGUAUACUGGCCAAUAAAAUGGGAAGGUGGUUGUGCUCCAUGAUUGGCAUGCUUAUAGUUGGCAUCAGUCUGCUCUGUGUUCCCUUUGCCAAAAACAUCUAUGGUCUUAUUGGACCCAAUGGAGGGUUGGGAUUUGCUAUUGGAAUGGUUGAUUCUUCUAUGAUGGCAAUAAUGGCUUACCUAGUGGAUAUCCGACAUGCUUCUGUGUAUGGAAGCGUGUAUGCUAUUGCUGAUGUGGCACUCUGCAUGGGAUUUGCUGUCGGUCCAUCUACCGGAGGGGCAAUAGUAAGAGCUAUCGGCUUCCCUAAUCUCAUGGUGAUCAUCGGCGUGGUCAACAUCCUGUAUGCACCCCUUUGCUUUUUCCUCAAAAAUCCUGCUGUUCGGGAAGAGAAGAUGGCUAUUAUAAAUCAGGAGUGUCCAAUGCAUGUGAAGAGCUACAAUACACAGCGUGGGUACAGAGAAUUCCCCCUGAGUGAUGACAGUGAGGAGGACACUGAAGAGUGAUGUACACAUACUCAUAAAGGAACUUGUCAACGAAUCAUCAAUAUUACAGGUUUAAACAAUAUUGUGGACAAUAUUGUAACUUUCCCCAUCCUUCAAUAUAUGAUUUUGAGUACAAAUAGUUAGUGCAACAUAAAUAUUGUUUUCUUAGCUGUAUGCUUGUGUAAUUGUUGUUUAUCAUGUCUUUUGUCAGUUGGUUUGAAUGAAAUAAAUGGGCCUAUACUUUGUCAACUUGA